UGGGGAAGCCGGGUGCGCGCCUGGGGGGAGGGGCGCGCGCGCCAGACGACGGGCCGGGGGAGCCCUCGGGAGCCACAAUAGGCCAGACGGCGCGCGCGUCCCCGAGGGGCUAGGAGCCGCGAGGCGGCGGCCGGCCCGCGGGCGCGGUGCUGCUGCUGGCCCCGUUCCCCUACCCCCCGCCCCUCCGCCCUCGCUCUGCCCCGGGCGGCCGGAGACGGCGGCGGCGUCUGCGGGAAGCCGUGUGUCUCCGCAGUGACGUGGGCGGGCCGAGGACUCGGUGACGUCAGAGGACUGUGUGUAGCGAUGUGUGUGGGGUUCGGAGCAGCGCCGGCACAGCCGAGGGGAGCGGGCGAGCGGCGGCGGUGGCGGCGGCGGGCACAGAUUAAUUAAAAGAAGAAUGAACAGUAAUCCUGAAGAUAACUGGGCAGUUCUUCUUUAGGUUUCAUUUUUAAUUGUAGAAGUUCAAGUGGCGUCAGAGGCUCUUCUUAACUGGUGUGAGGAUUUAUACAAGCCUUCAUUUUGUCCACACAGACCAACAGAUCAUCAUUUUUAGAGAAGAUACUUUUUUCCCUCCUUUCUUGGUGUCCUUGGUGCCAAAUACUAAAUUUGGGUGCAUAAUUUUGACUCAACUAAUUGCAUAAACUUUUUGCGUGUUGUGCUUAAAACCAAACCAAACUGUUGCGUUGAACUUGGACAUCUUGAAUUGAGAGAACUGGUAACUUUAUUUUAAUACGUAUAUCUGAAGAACUUAAGAAAACAAAGGCUUCCUCGGAGGUGUGCCUCUUAAAAUUAUUUUCUGUGUUAUUAGACAAUAAGAAAUUUUAUAGCACUUGCAGUGAAAUUAUACUUAAGAGUAUAAGCAGAACCAAAACAAAGUUGCAAAAUCUAUUGAGUAGUUUAGGGAGAUCUCUCUUUGGAAAUUUAAAUUUUCUGUGACAGUAAGUUACCAUAAGUAUUGGUAUACAUUGUGUUUCUCUCUUCAAAUAAGCAACUAGAUAACAAUGCAAAUCUCAGACUUACUUAUUUAACACAAUAGUUUUUAGCAAUGGAAAACCUACAGACAAAUUUUUCCUUGGUUCAGGGCUCAAAUAAAAAACUGAACGGGAUGGGAGAUGAUGGCAGCCCUCCAGUGAAAAAAAUGAUGACAGACAUUCAUGCAAAUGGAAAAAUGAUGAUAAACAAGAUGCCAACAGUAAAGAAGGAACACUUGGACGACUAUGAAGCGCCAAUGGAAACUGAUGAAGAGCACGUCAAGAGAACCUGUGCCUCUGUGCCUGAACCUUUACAUUUAAAUCCCAGUUUGAAACACACUUUGGCACAAUUCCAUUUAAGUAGCCAGAGCUCUCUGGGUGGACCAGCAGCAUUUUCCGCUCGGUAUUCCCAAGAAAGCAUGUCACCUACUGUAUUUUUGCCUCUUCCAUCUCCUCAGGUUCUUCCUGGUCCACUGCUCAUCCCUUCUGAUAGCUCCACAGAACUCACCCAGACUGUGUUGGAAGGGGAGUCUAUUUCUUGUUUUCAGGUUGGAGGAGAAAAGAGACUCUGUUUGCCCCAAGUCCUAAAUUCUGUUCUCCGAGAAUUUUCACUCCAACAAAUAAAUACAGUAUGUGAUGAAUUGUACAUCUAUUGUUCAAGGUGUACAUCAGACCAGCUUCAUAUCUUAAAGGUCCUGGGAAUACUUCCAUUCAAUGCCCCGUCCUGUGGGCUGAUCACAUUAACUGAUGCACAAAGACUGUGUAAUGCUUUAUUGCGGCCACGCACUUUUCCUCAAAAUGGUAGUAUACUUCCUGCUAAAAGCUCAUUGGCCCAGUUGAAGGAAACUGGCAGUGCCUUUGAAGUGGAACAUGAAUGCUUAGGCAAAUGUCAGGGUUUAUUUGCACCCCAAUUUUAUGUUCAGCCAGAUGCCCCGUGUAUUCAGUGUCUGGAGUGCUGUGGAAUGUUUGCGCCCCAGACAUUUGUGAUGCAUUCUCACAGAUCACCCGACAAAAGGACUUGUCACUGGGGCUUUGAAUCAGCCAAAUGGCAUUGCUAUCUUCACGUGAACCAAAAAUACUUAGGGACACCUGAAGAAAAGAAACUGAAGGUAAUUUUAGAAGAAAUGAAGGAGAAAUUUAGCAUGAGAAAUGGGAAGAGGACUCAAUCCAAGGCAAAUACACCACCAGGAAUGGAAUUACAGUCAUGGUAUCCAGUUAUAAAGCAGGAAGGUGACCAUGUUUCUCAGACACAUUCAUUUCUACACCCCAGCUACUACUUAUACAUGUGUGAUAAAGUGGUUGCCCCAAAUGUGUCCCUUACUUCGGCUGUAUCCCAGCCUAAAGAGGUCACAAAGACAGAGGCAAGUAGAUCUAUACCAAGACACUCAGAGAAGCCUCACAGUAGUGGGAAACAUCAAAAAAUAGUGUCUUAUCCAGAUGUUUCACUGGAGGAACAGGAGAAAAUAGAUCUGAAAACAAGUAGAGAAUUAUAUAACCGCUUAGAUCCAUCAGUCUCGAAUAAUUCUACAAGCAAAAAGAAACCUGAACCUACCACUUGCAACUUAGCCAGAGACACAAGCAAGGCGGGAAUUGACUGUGAUGCUUCAGCUUCGUCUCCACUUCUCGUCAAGGAUGUCAUUUGUGAGGAUGAUAAGGGAAAAAUCAUGGAAGAAGUAAUGAGAACUUAUGUAAAACAACAGGAAAAACUGAACUCAAUUUUGCAGAAGAAGCAACAACUUCAGAUGGAAGUUGAAAUGUUGAGUAGUUCAAAAGCUAUGAAGGAACUCACUGAAGAACAGCAGAAUUUACAGAAAGAGCUUGAAUCUUUGCAGAAUGAACAUGCUCAAAGAAUGGAAGAAUUUUAUGUUGAACAGAAAGACUUAGAGAAAAAAUUAGAGCAGGUAAUGAAGCAAAAAUGUACCUGUGACUCAAAUUUAGAAAAAGAUAAAGAGGCUGAAUAUGCAGCACAGCUGGCAGAACUGAGACAGAGAUUGGACCAUGCCGAGGCUGAUAGGCAAGAACUCCAGGAUGAACUCAGACAGGAACGGGAGGCAAGACAGAAGUUAGAGAUGAUGAUAAAAGAGCUAAAGCUGCAAAUUUUGAAAUCAUCGAAGACUGCUAAAGAAUAGAAACCUUUGAAGAGAUUCAUCUGUGUGUUCCCAACAGGGUUUAUUUUUGUUUGUUUGCUUUGGUAAUUGAAUUAUGAACAAUUUAUCUGCAUGAAAAUAACUAGGCAUUGUAUCCAUUUGUAGAUCAGAGAAAGUGAAGAGAUUAUAUAUUAGUAUAUAAAUUUUUACAUUUUCCAAAUGAAUGAAAAUGUAUGUUUCUUUGUACUUUUUUUUCAACCAGCUUAGUAACAGUACUUUACGGUUUCAACUAUUAGAUAAUCUGCCUAUAUUUCUAAUGCAAUUUAACAGUUGCAUACUUUUUAAAAGCUGCAUUGUGUGAUAGAAAAUAGUUUUGAUCAAUUUUGUUAUCCAUAUUUUAGAUUCAAUUUUAGAUACAAUGGUGGCUUCAUAUUUCAUAUAUAGAGCUACUCAAGGAGUUGAAUCUCCAUUUUUUUUCAUGAACACAAUCUCCUUUCUAAGUUAAUAUAGUAUACUCAUUAUUAUAAUCAAAAUUUGCUUUUAUUUUGUUCAUAUUGUGGAAUGAAUUUCCACCAGUUCUCUUCUAUUUAAUAUCUCCUAAGAGACAUUUUGUCAAUAGAGGAAUUUCAUUGAUGAGGUUAUAGCACACCCCACGGGGAAGGAUAACAUGCUUUCUUAUACACUGCUGCUAAACAUAAGAAGCGGUUAUAAUUAGAUUUUCUGUUUAAAUGUGGUUAUAUUUAGAAAAAAAUUUUUAUGCAGCAACUUUAGAAGAGGGAAUAAAAUGAAAUAAUUUUUGAACUUUUGUUUAUGUUGUUAAUAGUGUUGUGAAAAUAUUAAUGUACUUGAGAAAAAUUGAUACCAUUGAUGUACAUCAGUUUCCAUACAAUCCAUAAUCCUCCUGUACAGUUUUUAUAUGUAGUUGUGGGUCUUACUGAAAUUUAUAUAAUGGAUUUGUUUUCCUUAAUGGAUUUGUUUUCCUUUAAAUUGUAAAAUAUUAAACACUUUGAAGGUUA